UCACCACUUUUUGCUCUUCUCUCUCUCUCUCUCUCUCUCUCUAUCUCCAUAACCUAGUUACCUUUGGUCCGAAGGCUUCUUUACGUUCUUCACACCCCUAAACUCGGAAGAGGCCCGUAUGCUCAUCAAUGGCGGAUCCAGAGCCAAAAUCAAACCCCAGUAAGUCCUACUCUGUCUUCCUCUGUAAAUCUCUCUUCAUUGCAUUAGUUCUUGUUAGUCUUCCUCUUUUCCCUUCCCAAGCCCCUGAAUUCAUCAGCCAAACUAUACUCACCAAGCUAUGGGAACUUCUUCACCUCCUAUUCAUUGGCAUUGCUGUAUCUUAUGGCUUGUUUGGACGGAAAAACGCAGAAAUCGACCGCGAAAUUCAGCCAAAACUGGAUAGUUCUCAAACGUAUUUGUCCGGGAUCUCGCAUAUCUCGUCUAUUUUUGAUAAUGUGUAUGAAAACCCGUAUGGGUCUGAUGAGAAAAGAAUGAUCCAAAAUCGAAACACCCGGGACUUGGAAAAUGGGCUUGAAAACCCAUAUGGAUUUGAUGAGAAAAUAAUGAUUCAAACUGAGAAAUCUCAGCACUUGGAAAGCGAGUGGAGAAAACCCAGAUCGUUAAAUUUCCAGAAGGAUUUAGAAACUGCUUUUAUGGAUGAGAAAAAGGUGAGCGAAACAGAGUGUUGUCUGUAUUUUAACAGUGAGUCCAUAGUGUUUGUUUCUCAGGAAAACUCGGUUCUUGAUGAAUGGGGUGAAAAACCUAAAGGGGAAAUUUAUUAUAAACCCUUAGGGUUGCCUGUUCGGAGCCUGAGAUCAAGAAUUGUAGACCAUGAUAUUCCUGAAUAUUUAAAGGGAAAUGGGUCUGGUUCAGAUUCCAAGGGUUCUAGUAAGGAUUCUGGUAAAAUUGGGUUUAGGGGUCUAACUCCCAUAAAUUUGGAUCAGAAGUUCAAGGAAACUGUUUCCUUAACUUCCUCCAGUGGGGAUUCAAGAUCAUAUAGGAGUGAAGUGAGAGAAGAUAAGAUUAGUAGUAAUACUUUUGUAUCAGUUGGGAAAUCUGAAUCUGACCAUAUCAAUUCACAUUCUUUUUGGUCCCCAAUUUUCUCCCAAACAAGUCCUAAGCCUUCACCCUGGUGUUCAAAGGAAAUUCCGGACUCAGAAGACGAAGGUUUGGAGGGAAAUGGUGAUGAAUCAUCGGUAACUAUGAGAACGCGGGGAUUCAGCAUUGGAUCCAUGUCUGAGAUGAAACCGCAGAGAAAGUGUGAUCCAUGUCCGAAGGAAAUUCAAGGCUCAGAAAAGGAAGGCUUGGAGGGAAUCCGUGAAGAAUCAUCGGUUACAAUGAAAACGCGGGGAUUCAGCAUUGGAUCCUUGUCUGAGAUGAAAGUGCAGAGAAAGCGCGAUGAGAAAUUGAAGGGCUUUAGUAAGAGUAAGAGGGAGGAACCAAUGGGCAGAGGAAACUGGGGUGUGGAAUCAUGGAAAACUGAGGAGAAACCCAAGUCCCCGGUCAAGCCUUUUCUGAGGGGAAAAUCAGUUAGAACCAUUAGAGCAAGUGAAAAUGUUUUGGAAGGUCCGAAAAUGGGAGACAUUUACUUGGAUCAUUUGGAGGGCAAGGUGGGAAAGAAGACUAGUUGUGACAAGUUUGAAUCAAGACAGAAUCUUGAUAAUUUUCCUCGAAAGCAAAGAUCAAAACUGUCCAAACAUCAUAAUGGAGAAAGGCGAGAAUACGUCCAGACUAAUGAAGUUGAGUCCGAAGUGGAUUCAGAGAGUGAGUUUGAGAAAUUUCAAGUGAGCUCGGAAGAUGAAGAAGCUCAAUCUGAGAUUGCCAAUGGUAAAGAAGAAGAAGAAGAAGCAGCAGCAGCAGCAGCUCAAUCUGAGAUUGCCAAUGGUGAAGAGCUUGAUCCCAAUGAGGUUGAUAAGAAGGCUGGUGAGUUUAUAGCCAAGUUUAGAGAGCAAAUUAGGCUACAGAAAAUUGCAUCAAUCAAGGGUGGUAGGUAAGAAUUGUAAGCUUAAAUGAUGAAGAGCUUGAAACAUGAGUAAAUAGAUAUAGAGAAAUACAUACUCCAGAUGUUAAGCUCACAAGACUCAUCUCAACUUCCUUUGAUUCCUGUUCUCAGCCUUUCAGUAAAUUUUAUUUAUGUUUUUGUAUGGGCUGGUUGUUUAAUGUACUAAGUAAAGAAAACCAGAAA